CCGUACAUAUGAAUAGUAGCUACGCGACUGUAAACAACGGUUUUCCGGUAUUUUAAUAACCAACUGCAGUCAAAUAUUACAGAAAACUCCAGCAAUGAAUAGCAAGAUGAUAUCAUGCAAUGGAUCAUAUAUAUUUCAAGGAGUGGAAUGAGAUGAAUUGAACUAAUUGUACAUUUGAAUGUGAGCUGGAAUGGAGAGUAGUAGAGACGGCAGCACCACCCCCAAUUCAAUGGUGGUCCUCGAGCGGGGAGCUGGCGGUAUUUCCACCGUGGUUAGCCCAUCGACGACCAGCAGGCCUCCAUCAGGAAGACGAUCAAGGAACAUGACUCCCAUACAGAGAUCAGGAAGCCAGCUAGAGAUGUUACCACCAGAUGAUGAGCCAUCCAAAGAUCGACCUGGAUCUAGGACUUCCAGUCGCACAAGUCAUCGGCCGUCUAGUUCCUCAGAGAAAAGUCCUCGUCAGACACAGAGUGCUGGGUCAUCAGGUCGGAGGUCACGCCAAGGUCACGAGGAACAUGAUGCUGGAUUCAAUAGGGCUAACAGUUAUGAUGGUCUUGCUUCGCCUCCACCAGGGGAAUCUAGACCAGGUAGUACGAUUCACAAACAAGUUUCUUUGACCACUGUCAAGAGAAACUAUGAAACGCAUGGAAUUCCAAAGAAUGAAAAUUGGGACUUUGUGCCAGAAGCCAUCACCAGACAAACACCCUUAACAAAUGGAACAAGCCAUACACAUGUAGACAGAAACAAGACUGUAGGAGCCACUGGUGGACACACCCACAAAGAUGAGGGGGUGGUGGGAGUGGGCAUUGAUGGAGGAAAUGGUGAUGGGGUUAAUGUGUUGUCAGAGAAGGAAUGUACAGAGGAGAGAUUGAAUUAUCUGAUGGAGCAGUUGAGAAUAAAGGAUAAAGAGAUCAAACAACAUGAAGAAAGGAGAAAGUCAGGUAGUGCAGCUAAGAAAAAAGUUGCAGAUUCUUUAGUAAAGAAUAGAGAAGACCCUUCCACUGUCACUGACUCCUACUAUGUUUCAACAGGUAAUCAACCAGAAUUAGAUCUAGUUAAAGAGCCUGCUCUGAGUAUGGGAGCUACUGCUGGACCUCCACCAUUCCUUGAAGAUAGAAAAGAAGAUAAGGCUGAUAAUACUGAAGUAGCUGAUGAUGAAGAGGAUGUUGAUGAGGAGGAGGAUGACGAGGAAGAAGAAGGACCUACUGCUCCAAUUGAACUCAUGGGAGAAUUCUUAGAUUCUGUGAUGGAAGAAGACUAUGAAACUGCAGAUAAGCUGUGUAAAAUGAUUCUUAUAUAUGAGCCUGAAAAUGCUGAGUGUCUGCAAUUCAAGCCACUAAUUGAAGAGAUGCUGAAAAGAUUGUGGCAUUAUCAGCUGUAUGGAAGCAGCAGUGAAGACGAGAGCGGAGAUGAUGAUGAAGAAUAUGAUGAUGAAGAAGAUGAUGAAGAAGAUGAAGAUGAUGAGGAUGAUGACAGUGAUGAUGACUCGGAAAGUGACAGUUCUGAUGAGAGUGAGGAUGAGGAGGAGGAGGAGACAAAAGGAAAGACUGAUUCUAAAUCUGUGGUUUACCCAAAUACUUCAGAUACUUCCAAAUCAGAUGCCAUCCACUGAUAAAUGACUAUGAUGGUGUGCUUCAACAAUGUUGCUAAUAUGAUUGUUUGUCUUCACGGUAUCAAAUCAUAAAUCUACAACAAUGAGCCAGUGAUUCACUUACCGUUACAUAUGAUGGCAAAUAUCGCUUGUUACAGAGCGCCAUUGCCUUUCUUGAUUCCUAAUUACUGACUUUUAUGCAAAGGAGCCAUCAAAACUUAUCAGCUAAAAAGGCACAUUUAUAAACUUAAACAUUCCUUUGCCUUUCUGGAGUAUUUUGAGAAGGAAUUACAUUUUUCUAUAAUUGAUCUUCAAAGGACUCUGCAGUUUAUCUCCAUUGUGUGUAAUCAUAAAUGAUCUUCAGUUGGUAAUGGUUACAUCAGCUGUCAACAGUAAAUGCAUAUAUUGAUGCCUAUAUAUACUGACUUCCAUUCAAAGGAAUCACUAGAACUAUAUCAACUACCAAGGUGUGUCCAUCAUCUUAUCAGCAGCUUUGCCUUUUUUUUCAGUAUUUAAAAAGAGGUUUAAGGCACUUGAAUGUUAUUCUAUUGUUAAUCUUCAAAGGACUAUGCACCUUAUUUCCAUUGUGUGGAAUCAUAAACGAAUUACAGUGACUAUAUAGGCAGUGAUUCACUGGUGUAUAAUGGUUACAUUGGUUAAUGCUAUUGCAUAUCUUGAUGCCUAUUUAUACUGACUUUUAUUCAAAGGAACCACCAAAAAUUAUCUACUACAUAGGCAUAUUUAUUAACUGCUCAGCAGAUUUGCCUUUUUAGAGUAGUUCAUGAAGCAAGAUGGUCACUUGAUUGAAUAUUCAGCUUAUCUUGAAGAUACUAUAUUUAUUACUUGUACACUGCAGGCAAGCUGAACACCAUGUUUACCAUAUGUUAUCUUUGGCAUGUUUACCAUGCAUUACUUCAAGUGUACGUAGGGCGUCAAGUGAUAGAGUGAUCCUUUACAGAAUCUCACAAAGCAAAUUUGUCAUCAGAGUUUUCAAACAUGUUAUUUUUCAUAGAAUUCAUCUCCUUUUAUUUAUUUUUUAAGGGAUUUUGGGGGUGUGUCAUUCAAAAUUUUAUUAUUAUCUAAGCAUUUUUUGAUAUAUUCAUGCAUUUAUUACUUUUUAAUGAAUUUUGUUAGUGUUAGGUAGACGCACAUUAUUGUCAGUCCAUCCGUCCAUCUUCCAGUGUCUUAAAAACAAGUAGAAGAGUGUGUUGAAUUUCCUUGUAUUUCUUUUGUUGUUGAAAUUCCAUGGAGUAUGUUGGUUUAGAAUAGGCGGUUUCAAACCGCCUCGAUCACAAGAAUCCCCGUUAAAUUACGAGAACUUUUUAAGGCUAAAAA